GUGUGUUUGGGAUUUGCAGUAAGCCUUACGAAAAGUACGUGUGGAAUGGCAAGCUUCUGGAGGUGGUAAAAAAUACUGUUCAUCGUGACUGGCUGCUGUAUAUUAUUCAUGGAUUCUGUGGGCAAUCAAAACUGUUAAUAUAUGGUCGCCCUAUAUAUGUCACUCUGAUAGCCAGAAGAUCAAGCAAAUUUGCUGGAACACGUUUUCUGAAACGAGGAGCAAACUGUGAGGGAGAUGUUGCCAAUGAAGUGGAAACUGAACAAAUACUUUAUGAUGCUUCAGUCAUGUCAUUUUCUGCGGGGAGUUAUUCUUCCUAUGUUCAGGUUCGAGGAUCUGUCCCUCUGUACUGGUCUCAAGAUAUUUCAACUAUGAUGCCUAAGCCACCCAUAACGUUGGACCAAGCAGAUCCUUUUGCACAUGUUGCUGCUCUUCACUUUGACCAAAUGCUUCAGAGAUUUGGCUCUCCCAUUAUCAUUUUGAAUCUUGUGAAGGAACGUGAAAAAAGAAAGCAUGAAAGAAUUCUUAGUGAAGAACUUGUUGCUGCUGUGACAUAUCUCAACCAGUUUUUACCCCCAGAACAUGCAAUUAUAUAUAUACCCUGGGAUAUGGCCAAAUACACUAAAAGCAAACUUUGCAAUGUCCUUGACAGACUGAAUGUGAUUGCGGAAAGUGUAGUAAAGAAGACUGGGUUUUUUGUAAAUCGACCCGAUUCCUACUGCAGUAUCUUGCGGCCAGAUGAAAAGUGGAAUGAACUGGGAGGUUAUGUUGUUUCCACUGGUCGCUUGCAGACUGGAGUUCUCCGAACCAACUGCGUGGAUUGUUUGGAUCGCACUAACACAGCCCAAUUUAUGGUGGGAAAAUGUGCUUUGGCAUACCAACUCUAUUCGUUGGGAUUGAUCGAUAAGCCUAAUUUACAAUUUGAUACAGAUGCUGUUAGAUUAUUUGAAGAAUUAUAUGAAGAUCACGGAGACACGCUUUCUCUGCAAUACGGAGGUUCUCAGCUUGUCCACAGAGUAAAAACCUAUAGAAAGAUAGCCCCAUGGACUCAGCAUUCCAAAGAUAUUAUGCAAACACUCUCGAGAUACUACAGUAAUGCUUUCUCAG